AGUGGGUGGGAAGUGCCCCCAAGAGCUCCGUGCGGGAUUCUAGGCUCUCCUGUGACAGCCGCGGCAGGAAGCAGGCGGGCGCUCCCCGGCCACAGGCCUGUUGUUCUCGGAAGGGAGAAAGCUGGACAUUUCCCCACGUAACUCCCAGCUCUGGGCCUAGAGUGUGUGCAUGGCGAAGUCCCCGGAGAACUCUACCCUGGAGGAGAUUCUGGGGCAGUAUCAACGGAGUCUCCGGGAACGUGCCAGUAGAAGCAUUCACCAACUGAAAUGUGCCCUGAAAGAAGGUGAUGUCACUAUUGGAGAAGAUGCACCAAAUCUUUCUUUUAGCACCAGUGUGGGAAACGAGGAUGCCAGGACAGCCUGGCCCGAAUUACAACAGAGCCAUGCUGUUAAUCAGCUCAAAGAUUUGUUGCGCCAACAAGCAGAUAAGGAAAGUGAAGUAUCUCCGUCAAGAAGAAGAAAAAUGUCCCCCUUGAGGUCAUUAGAACAUGAGGAAACCAAUAUGCCUACUAUGCACGACCUUGUUCCUAUUAUUAAUGACCAGUCUCAAUAUAUUCAUCAUUUAGAGGCAGAAGUUAAGUUCUGCAAGGAAGAACUCUCUGGAAUGAAAAAUAAAAUACAAGUCGUUGUGCUUGAAAACGAAAGGCUCCAGCAAGAGCUGAAAUCUCAAAGACAAGAAGAGACACUGAGGGAACAAACACUUCUGGAUGCAUCCGGAAACAUGCAGAAUUCUUGGAUUACAACAGGUGAAGAUUCUGGGGUGGGCGAAACUUCCAAAAGACCAUUUUCCCAUGACAAUGCAGAUAUUGGCAAAGCUGCAUCUGCUGGUGAGCAGCUAGAACUGGAGAAGCUAAAACUUUUUUAUGAGGAAAAGUGUGAAAAUCAGGAAUCCCAAUUGAAGUUUUUGAGGAACAACUUAGCUGAAUAUCAGAAAACUUGUGAAGAUCUUAAAGAGCAACUAAAGCAUAAAGAAUUUCUUCUGGCUGCUAAUACUGGUAACCGUGUUGGUGGUCUUUGCUUGAAAUGUGCUCAGCACGAAGCUGUUCUUUCCCAAACCCAUACUAACGUUCACAUGCAGACCAUCGAAAGACUGGUUAAAGAAAGAGAUGACUUGAUGUCUGCACUAGUUUCCGUAAGGAGCAGCUUGGCAGAGACGCAGCAAAGAGAAGCAAGUGCUUAUGAACAGGUGAAACAACUUUUGCAAAUAUCUGAGGAAGCCAAUUUUGAAAAAACCAAGGCUUUAAUCCAGUGUGACCAGUUGAGGAAGGAGCUGGAGAGGCAGGCGGAGCGACUUGAAAAAGAACUUGCAUCUCAGCAAGAGAAAAGGGCCAUUGAGAAAGACAUGAUGAGAAAGGAAAUAACGAAAGAAAGGGAGUACAUGGAAUCAAAGAUGCUGAUCUUGUCUCAGAAUAUUGCCCAACUGGAGACCCAGCUGGAAAAGGUUACAAAGGAAAAGAUUUCAGCUAUUAAUCAACUAGAGGAAAUUCAAAGCCAGCUUGCUUCUCGGGAAAUGGAUGUCACAAAGGUGUGUGGAGAAAUGCGCUAUCAGCUGAAUAAAACCAACAUGGAGAAGGAUGAGGCAGAAAAGGAGCACAGAGAGUUCAGAGCAAAAACUAACAGGGAUCUUGAAAUUAAAGAUCAGGAAAUAGAGAAAUUGAGAAUAGAACUGGGUGAAAGCAAACAACACUUGGAACAGGCGCAGCAGAAGGCAGCCCGGGCCAGAGAGGAGUGCCUGAGACUAACAGAACUGCUGGGCGAAUCCGAGCACCAACUGCACCUCACCAGACAGGAAAAAGAUAGCAUUCAGCAGAGCUUUAGCAAGGAAGCAAAGGCCCAAGCCCUUCAGGCCCAGCAAAGAGAGCAGGAGCUGACACAGAAGAUACAGCAAAUGGAGGCCCAGCAUGACAAAACUGAAAAUGAGCAGUAUUUGUUGCUGACCUCCCAGAAUACAUUUUUGACAAAGUUAAAGGAAGAAUGCUGUACAUUAGCCAAGAAACUGGAACAAAUCUCUCAAAAAACCAGAUCUGAAAUAGCUCAACUCAGUCAAGAAAAAAGGUAUACAUAUGAUAAAUUGGGAAAGUUACAGAGAAGAAAUGAAGAAUUGGAGAAACAGUGUGUCCAGCAUGGGAGAGUACAUGAGACAAUGAAGCAAAGGCUAAGGCAGCUGGAUAAGCACAGCCAGGCCACAGCCCAGCAGCUGGUGCAGCUCCUCAGCAAGCAGAACCAGCUUCUCCUGGAGAGGCAGAGCCUGUCGGAAGAGGUGGACCGGCUGCGGACCCAGGAAAAAAGCAGAGAGCAUGAGUUAAAUGAACAGCACAAAAGUCUACAAUGCUGAGUCACUGUGUAAGGGGACAUGAUAUUUGGCUUCCCAGUCAACAGUCUAAACAAACCGGUGGGUAAUUGGUGGUUCUGUAUAAAAUCUAAUGGAUCACAAAAAACAACAAAGGAAAACCACAGAAUAGGAUGGGAGAGUGAUAUUGAAAAAUCUGUCCUGGUUUUUUUCCCCAAUAACAAACAUACAUGCAAAACCAUAUUGAUGGGGAGCAGUGUACCAGGCUGUGGGCUCUUCCUCGGGCAACCUCUUUCUAGUGCUAGCUGAAGAGGGUAGUAAUAAAAAUACAACUUAAUAAUACAGCUAUCACCAGGUUACAGAUGAGAGUACUGCCUCUGCCCUUCGUAAAGAACUAUAACUUUGUACUUUGCUAAGAAUUUGCUGAUAAGAGAUGGGCAUCGAUGCCUGCCCUGCUCUGGAAAAGGGUUCCUUGGCAGCCCCUGAAGUUACACGCAAAAUCUUGCCCACAGCUUUCAUCAGAUCCUCAAAGGGGACCACAACCCAGAAUAGAGUAAGAGUAGCUCCCCUGGGAUUGACAGGGCAGGAAUCACCUCAUUCGUGCUGCACCUGCGGCAGGCAUGGGGGUGGGGGAGGCAGGGGUGGAAGGAAAGUCUCAGGCUACUGGAGGUUUCAGGAGCCACAGCCCUAUGAACCUCCACAGUUGGGAGGGAGAAGGAGCUAACACGAGGCUCCUGCUUCUCAGGGCUCUAGCCUUGAGGGAUAGGUGGAACCCACAGGUUCCUUCUAGCACAGGAUGCCCAGUCCCAGAGCAUUAGGGUUAGAGUGCGUGCUCUGCAGAGUAUCAUUCAGAAGAGGGGAUGCUGCUUUAGAAUACAGAUCUGACGGGGAUAGGAACAUGGCAAACAGAAUGACAGAAAUCAGCAUGUUUUAUAAAACUUUUACAGAAACAAAUACACAAUUGGCUUGAGAUCAGUGCGUUUUCCCACUCUUUCUGUCACCAAAUUUAUGUUAAAUAAUAAGGCAAAAUCUUUAAAUUAUUCUCUAGACAGAACUAUAUUUUUAAGAAUCGUGGGAUGAGCAGAAUUAAAAGCAGGUUUUCAAAAUAAAGGACAUUUCAGUUUAUGGUGCAUGCUACAAAGCAUUCUUAAUCUCUUUUUAUAAUUCUUUCUGUUUGCCCCCAGCACACAGCUAUUCUAAGGUCUUCAUGAUUAGCAAGCACUCCUUUGGGGAUGAACCAACUCUACGUCCCACUGAUCAGCUGGUAAUGGCGACUAAUCCCUGAACUGAAACAAACUCCUCCACCAGUGGUAAGGAGAAGCCUGCCAUGGUGCCAGACCAUAUUUCUUUCUAGCUGCUCUGCUGGAUCCCUGGACAUGAGCAAGCAGGUCACUCCACUGCUAGAAACCCUCCCUCUGACUCUCAGGCUAAAUGCAUUCUCUUCACCAGCCUCACAUAUCACAUGCACACGCACAGGGAACCCCAGAGGUGACAAGAGGCUGGAACAAUUUUGUUUUUUGUUUGUUUGUUUGUUUUUUAGAAAACCAAGGGGGUAAUUGCCCCUAUCUGGCAGGAAACGGGAAGACUGGAAUUCUGGUUGGGUUUUUCUGAUUUACUAUUCUACAGAUGUUCACAAAAUAGGUCUUUAUCCUUCCAAUCAAAAGUUAACCACAAGAAAUUCCUGUGGCUGGAAUCGGCUUCUCUCGGGCACUAGGAGCAGGUUUGCUCACCUCUGCCCCAUCCUUUUCACCUGGUUCUUUGUGAUGUCAAAAAUUUAAAUUUGCCUUCAAGUUAGGGGAAACUUGUCCUUUUAGAUGAGAGAAUGAUCACCUGUAACUUUAACAAACUGAAACCUAUCUUAACACAGUUUUCAAAAGAUUACAGGGGAGCUUAAAAUAGUCUGUUUCAAAUGCCACGUGUACUGAGGACUUUCCUGACUGCCUUCUUAUAUUAAACAGCUAUCCUCUCCUUCACUUUCUAUCUUCACAUUGCUUUUUCUUCAAGACUCUGCGACAUCUGAUACACAGGCACGUAUACAUACACACAUAUGAUAUACGUAUAUUUGUUACUGUCAAUGUCAUCACCAAUAAAAUGUAAGUUCCACGAGGGCAAGGACUUUAAAAAAAAGUUUAUUGAUGCGUAAUUAACAUACACUAAACAGCACACAUUAAGAAUAUACAGCUUGGGCUGGGUGUGGC